GCCAUUGAAAGGGGAACAAAUUAUACUGAAACGGUAGUGAUACAGUUAACUCAUUAUGUCUGAUCGUAUUGUACAAUCAUGUCAUGAUGGUGAUGGGAGCGCCGGCCAAUCUAUGCGUUCCUAUCAAUCUGUUUGGAUGGCACAUUGGACACGAACAAGCUGUAAGGAAGCACCUCCAGAUGAUAACCGUGUAUCUCUUCGUCUUGAGAACAAAGAUAACAGUAAUUCUAACAAGCACCACUUACCGAGUGAUUUAGAGAGAGCUUCUGAUAUUUCUCCAUCUGUUAAGGGAUUUACUGAAGUAACUGAAGCCAGAACAGUUAGAAUCGUGAAUGAUGGUUUGACGAAUUCAAAAAACAUGAUAGAUGAACAGUUAGAUUCCCAACAAUUUCCAAUGUUUAGAGUUUCUCAAAAUAUUAGUAGUGGAUUGGAUUCGAAGAAUGACUUGGACAUUUCUUGCCACAAGCAAGUAUCAAGGCCUCAAAUUGACUGCAACGUUGAGUACAAUGCUUGCACAACUGCGGGCCAUUUUCCUUCGGUACUUGCCGUGGCUCCUUCUGCAAUAGAAUCCUCACCAAGAGAGUUUCAGUAUGAAGGAGUCUCACUAAGUCCUGAAGGGCUUGUGAAGUCACCUAAAGUUGUUGGAGAUGGAAGCUUGGCUCUUGCAGGGCCUCAGAACAAUUUUAUUGGGUCAACUCAGAUGGUGCCAUAUAGAUCCGAAAAAGGAAAAACUCCAGUGUCAUCAUCCUUCAUGAGUAGAUUAGUAUCCAAAGAGCACUUAUCAAAUACUAAUUUCACAACUUUGGAACACGAACAUGAUAACUAUCUCGGCCAUCCUGCACUUUUGGUUUGUGGGAAGAAAGUGGAUAACCACUCAACCUGUGUGAAGUCUGGAACUUCAUUUUUAAGGCAGACUGAUGCAUCCCGGUUACUUCAGGAUAAUUAUCAUUUGCCAAUGCUUGUUGAACGCUGCCAGAAGAUGCAAAAUUGUUCAAGUACUGGAUUUUUUCCGAGCUGUAGCAAUCCCCCAGAAGCAAUGAUAGCAAAUUCUAUUCAUGAUGUGGAGACUCUGAGAAUUUGUGCCACAAAUUCUGUGGAGGGGUUAUCUGGAGAUCCUGGUGCAUUUUCUCAGACAACUCGUAGUUUGUUAUUCAUGAAAAAGACCGAUGUUAAUUUGUCCGAAGAGAAUCAGACAUACAGAGAGUCAAGAGUAUCUUCUAAAUUAAACAGAAAUAUGUUUGGUGAACUCCUCACUUUAUCUCCACCUUUGGCUCAGAAUCAACAAAGAUUGAAGCUUCAGCCACUUGGUAGCUCCACUGAGUGUGAGGGAAAAGAUAAUGUUGAAGGUGUUGAAACAUCUGAAGUUCGUUCAAAGAAUGAAUCAUCUGCCGAGACUGAUACCAUGGACACGGAUGCUUUCAAGGACCAUAAUUAUCUUUCUGGUGUAAGUUCUUCCCCCUCAAAUAAGGAUUUUUUGAUGGGCCAAAAUCCACCAUCUCAACCUACAAUUACAUCAACAGGAGUGAAAGUCGGACACAGAUCCGAGUUACCUGAUAUAAAUGAAGAAAUUCUGGCUCUUCCAACUACACUGAACUCAAUGGACAAUGCAGAGGCAAGCACUUCAAGAACUCAGAGUUUGGAUGCAGAACUUCUUCUUUCCCAUACCGAGCAUCCGGGUAAAGCAAAAUCAAUUCCUUACCCAGAUGAUGAGCCAAGCAACAGAUGGCUUAAGCGUCUGAAGCUGACUGCUUCAGCUUCAGAUAGAUUUGUACUUGGCACCAAAAGCUCAAAUUUGGGAGAAGCUGCUUUGUCUCAUGAAAAGGUAAAUAAGUUAUUCAUCAAAAGUCUGGAAGGCUGCAAAAGUAGCAACUCAGAACCAAUGGUCCGUAAAUAUCAUGACAAAGAAAAGAUGGCCACAGAUCAGACUGCAAUUGUAUUACGAAUUGGUGAGCCCUCUUCUGUGGAAUCAACAAAGAAAGAUCGAGACAUAUUGCUUUCCCAUCCUUGGAUACAAAGGUGGUGUGAUAAUCGAGCUGCAACUCGUCAGAAGAAGGUGGUUUGCGAGCCACAGAGUACGAAGAUGGAAUUCGAUGAGCUUCGAAGGAAGCAGUUUCCGAGCAUUGCUGCUAUGGCUCUGAUGGGGAAGGCCAUGAGUGGUUUUCAACCAUGUGAAUUCGAGCGAAGGGGUUCUUUUAUAGUUUGGAAUACCAAACUUUUCUGAAUGUACUUCGCAUCAAAAUAAUUUGUACUGGGAAUCAGAGAGUAUUUGUUCGACGCGGAGACGAAAUUCUCUGGCUGCCGAUCAAGACAACUUGUGGACAUUUGAUGGAAGAGUUUGAAAGCAUGAAUGUCGCUUUGGUAAGUCUUUAAAGGAAUUAGGUUUGCAACAUGUAUAUAUAUAUAUAUAUUUUUGCAUCGUGUACUUUCUUGUCGUUCACAUCCUGAAGAGAGAGGACAAGAACUCUUUUACUGUUCUAUGUGACAUCCUUCUUCUCCAACUUCACAAGCCCACACCUCUUAUUCUUUAGCUUUUGCCUUUGUAAUGCAAACAGAGUUACAAGACCUUAUUCAUUAGCUUUUAAAUGGACACGAGAACUGUGUGCAUACAGUUCAGAGGGCUCCCUGUUUGAAAAUGAAUGGCAGAGAUGGAGCAACAACUUAAGAAUGAUGGAUAAACGGUGCGGCAUGUUACUGCUCUUCGAAAGAUGUUCCUAUGUAGUAGUAAUGCUAUAUUUUCCCUCAUAUUUUAGAUAAAUGGAAGUUGCAACGAGUAUGCUUUUAAAACUGCAGGCCUUGCUUUAAGCUUUGAUCUUGUUUCUUGAUUGCUGGCUUCUGUUGCUGUGGUGAUAUGUUUUACAGCUUGAAUGACUAGUGAUAGAUGUCUUUGUUUUUGUCAA